AUGAGGAAGAGAUUUCAAGUAUUGAAGUUGAUUUCAAAUCUUUCCCUUCCACAGGGAUGGUUUGCCGGCAGAACCCUGGCUGUCUCUCAAGUCACCACCAAGUACUUUCUUUGGGUGGAUGACGACUUUCUAUUCACUGAGAAAACAAAGAUGGAGGAUUUGGUGGAGGUGAUGGAGGCAACACCAGAGUUGGAUGUGGUUGGGGGUUCGGUUUCUGGAAACCAGUUCUACUUCUCCAUCGCCUAUGAGGAAGGCGAUGGUGUUACUGGAGGCUGUAUGGACAGGAAGUCCAACAUAAAGUUCCAAUCACUACCAAAUUACCCACAAUGCUCCAUAGCCAAUGGGGUGGUCAACUUCUUCCUGGCUCGUACCGACGCUGUGAAUCGAGUCAGAUUUGACCCCAAGCUGAAGAGAGUGGCACAUUCAGAAUUCUUCAUGGAUGGUCUUGGCCAGUUGAUGGUUGCUUCGUGUGGCCAUAUUUCCAUUGGCCAUCAGCCGACAGGUGCCAAAGCUCAAUAUGUUCAGUUCAGAUACCCUGGAAAGGGUGAUGUGCAGUAUAAACUACAGCUGCACUACCACAAAAAACAUCUUCAAUGUAUCCACUACGGAUAGGAAGAAUCCCGACGGAUCCGUUCGCUAUGUGAGAAAGUUAUCUUCCAGUACUAUGCAUGUUUUCCCAUAAACAACCACUAUUG